GGGAGCGGGGGUGGGGAUCGGUCCGGGGGAGGCCUGGGGCCGCUGGCUUGUGCGCUGUCUCCGCCGCCCCCCCUUUCGCCGCCGCCGCCGCCGCCCCGGGCAUGUCGUCCAACUGCACCAGCACCACGGCGGUGGCGGUGGCGCCGCUCAGCGCCAGCAAGACCAAGACCAAGAAGAAGCAUUUCGUGUGCCAGAAAGUGAAGCUAUUCCGGGCCAGCGAGCCGAUCCUCAGCGUCCUGAUGUGGGGGGUGAACCACACGAUCAAUGAGCUGAGCAAUGUCCCAGUCCCUGUCAUGCUAAUGCCAGAUGACUUCAAAGCCUACAGCAAGAUCAAGGUGGACAAUCAUCUCUUUAAUAAGGAGAACCUCCCCAGCCGCUUUAAGUUUAAGGAGUACUGCCCCAUGGUGUUCCGAAAUCUUCGGGAGAGGUUUGGGAUUGAUGAUCAGGAUUACCAGAAUUCAGUGACGCGCAGCGCCCCCAUCAACAGUGACAGCCAGGGCCGGUGUGGCACACGUUUCCUCACCACCUACGACCGGCGCUUUGUCAUCAAGACGGUGUCCAGUGAGGAUGUGGCUGAGAUGCACAACAUCUUAAAGAAAUACCACCAGUUUAUAGUGGAGUGUCAUGGCAACACCCUUUUGCCACAGUUCCUGGGCAUGUACCGCCUGACUGUGGACGGUGUGGAAACCUACAUGGUAGUUACCAGGAAUGUGUUCAGCCAUCGGCUCAACGUACAUCGCAAGUAUGACCUCAAGGGUUCUACUGUUGCCAGAGAAGCAAGUGACAAGGAGAAGGCCAAGGACUUGCCAACAUUCAAAGACAACGACUUCCUCAAUGAAGGGCAGAAACUGCAUGUGGGAGAGGAGAGUAAAAAGAACUUCCUGGAGAAACUGAAGCGGGACGUUGAGUUCUUGGCCCAGCUGAAGAUCAUGGACUACAGCCUGCUGGUGGGCAUCCACGAUGUGGACCGGGCAGAGCAGGAGGAGAUGGAGGUGGAGGAGCGGGCAGAGGACGAGGAGUGUGAGAAUGACGGGGUGGGUGGCAGCCUGCUCUGCUCCUAUGGCACACCUCCGGAUAGCCCUGGCAACCUCCUCAGCUUCCCUCGGUUCUUUGGUCCUGGGGAAUUCGACCCUUCUGUUGAUGUCUAUGCCAUGAAAAGCCAUGAAAGUGCCCCCAAGAAGGAGGUCUACUUCAUGGCCAUCAUCGAUAUCCUCACGCCAUAUGAUGCUAAGAAGAAAGCUGCACAUGCUGCCAAAACAGUGAAACAUGGGGCAGGGGCCGAGAUCUCGACUGUGAACCCUGAGCAGUACUCCAAACGCUUCAACGAGUUUAUGUCCAACAUCCUGACGUAGUUAUCUUCUGCCUUCAGCCAGAGCCACAGAGCUGGAUGUGGGGCCAGGGAUCGGGAGAGGGAGAGGGUGUAUUUGGGCUAGAUGGGAGGGUGGGGAGCAGAGUGGGGGGUUGGGAGGGCUUCAGCACUGCAGCCUGUGACACUGAAAGAGACACUGGCUGGGGAGGAGGGAGACAGCUGUGUGUGCUCACAGGAUGUAAUCUCACCUUCUGCUUACCCUUGAUUUUUCCCCCCCACAUUUGACCCAUGUUAAAAAGGGGUUCCCUUUUUGGUACCUUAUAACCUUUUAAGAUACCUUGGGGCUAGAAAUGAUUUUGUGGGUUUAUUUGGGCUUUGUUUCUGAAAUUUCAUUGCUCCAGGUUUGCUAUUUAUAAUAAUGUAUAUCAUCACCCUAUCCACCCUCCCCAUCCGUGCCCAGCUCUCAGUUCCCUUCAGUAAGAGAGGCACCCAGUAGACCCAGCACAAGGGUCCUCUCAGAGCAAAGUGCUCUGACGCCAGAUUGGAGAGGUCAGACGCCUCAGCCCUGCUGCAUUUGAUCUUGUCUGGAUUCACUUUUUAAUUUUAUGGAGUAUCGUGCACAACUUCUUCCACCUUUCCACCUUGGAUCCACGUGAAAUGUUACAUUGUUCCUGCAGUGCUGUCCUCCCAAAGGAACACUCCAGAUCAACACCGGGCAUCUCAGAUCAGAAUCAGAGAUCUCAGGGGAGUGAGUCAUCCUCAUGGGAUGGUAAGGGGUUGGGGAGCUGCUGGGUUCUCGGACAGCUGGUUCUCAGAGAACCCCGUGAGCAUCAUCCAAGCCCCAGGCUCUCGGCCCCUGGAGUUCAGAAGUCCUCUCUGUAAAGCUGCCUCCCCUGGGUCAAGAGGAACUAGAAAGUACCUUUGGAUUUAUCAGGACCCUUGUGCUUAAAUGGUUAUUUCCCUUUGGGAAAACCCCAGAAACUGAUGAGUAUCAAAAGAGGUCUUAUGCCCUCCAUUUACUUCCUUCCGACCUCCUCCCAGGCACCCUCACUUCGGGCUGAGCUUUUAGCUGGGGGCCGAUCUCCAAGCACCUGGAGUGCUCUUUGCAGAGAUACCUCUUCAAGCCCCAGGAGUACCAUGUAGGUAAUCUGGCUCCCUGUGCCUGUGGUUUGUCACCUGUGCCCCCUGCCUUGGAGUGUGGCAUCUAAACCUGAGGUUGCUUCUGAGUCACUUGAGGAUGUGACCUAGGAAAUCCAAUUUGGAGGCUUGAUGUGGGGUUUGAUCUGGCCCCAGCCUUGGGGCUGUUUUUCCUUGUUGCCCCCAUCUAGACUUUUGGCAGAUCUGCAGCCCACAGGUAUCCUUGGAAGGAGUGGCAUCUGGCAGCUUCCUUCAUGUUUUCCACCCACCUUCAGAGCCUGCUACCCAGGCCCUCAGAAAUGAGCCACGUGUCGUUCUGAUGCCGUCAGAGAUUCUGGUCCGGCUAGGAGAGAAAGUGGCCCUGUUGCUCUGCACUGGGGGAGGUACAUUCCUGCAUCUUCUCACCCCCUCACCAGGAGCUGGGGAUUUGGGAUGAGAUAUGGUAAGAUUUGUAGAUAACCACAAAGACGUGAAGAUGGUUUUUGGAACCAUUUUGAAUGAAUAGAUUGGUUUUCUGUGGCUUUCUCCAAACUCGGCCAAGCUCAGCUUUCUGGAGCAGGAACCAGCACUGUCUCUGUGCCCUACCCACAGCAUGUAGGUCAGGAAGGAAUGGAGAUGGCAUUCUCGGACUUCACUGGGGCUGCUGGAUUGGGUGGGAACCCUUCUGGUAGCAGCAGAUGGGGGUCAAACCACUGCCCUGGCCCCGCGAAGGGGCCAUAGGUAGCUCUGAAUAACUGCAGCAAGACCACUAAGUGACUUGGGAAACUUGGAACCGAGUGGCUCAUGGAGAAAACAAAUUUGACUUAGGAAAGGGAUUAUGUAAGAAUAAUGUCUGGACUUGAUUUCCCCACGUCAUAAUCAAGAAUGAAAAUUUGGAUCUGCUCCUCGUCAGGCCCAGCAUCUCCAAAGCUCGGAAGGCUAUCUUCCAGCAGCCUCCACAGCCUCGGGCUCCCACCGGCUUCUCUGCAUUUGGUCUGCUGAUCACGUUGCCAUAAUGUGUAUGAAACGUGUAACACAAUCUUACCAGUUAAAGACUACCAGGUAUCUAACUUGUUUAACAUUGAGUGUGUGCGUGUGCGUGUGUGUGUACGUGUGGGUUUUUUUUUUUUUUUUGUAUAUUGUUUACAUUUUUGAGAGGUAGCAUUCUGUUUCAAAUGCUCUUUUUGUUUUUCUGACAGUAUUGUUGAUUGGGUCGAAACAUUUUGAGCUGUGGUUUGGUGGAUUUUAGAUUUUUUUUUAAAGGUCAUUCUCUGUACUAUCUUCAAAACCUUGGGUUUGGCCCUCUAAUUCCUUUGGCAUUCAGAUGUUUAAAAGCUGUUUAUCUUGGUUUAUACAAGUUUUCUUCCUCUUCGUUUUGUAAUGAUAAAGAUGCUCUAUUUGGUCUGCAGUCUGAAUGUAGAGAACGCGAACUGAUCCCCCGAGAGAGAAUCUGCCCGACACCUUUCUCCCUGAGCCCCACCAUUCGCUUCUGGGCAGUAGGAGGCAUCUGAGGGGAAGUGACCACCCUCAGCCUCACUCCUUGGGGCCAUGAAGAAAAGCUAGCCAUUCUUACGGCAUCCCAGAACAAUGUUGGGUCUCCUAAGAAGAACAUAGCAUAAGGAGGAGGACGUGGCUGAUUGGGUGAGGCCAGGAUGGGGAUCAGGAAAGGAUUCCUCUCCGUUCUCUCACUCCACCACGUACGGGGUGGCAUCCAGUCUCACCUCCAGUCCCGUCCCCUCUGCUUCCAAAGGUCCACAGCCAAGAAACUAGAGUCUCCCAGCAAAAAGUGAGGAGUGUCCUGAAAACUCCACUGAAAGACCACUAGAUGGCCUCUGGCCCUGUUCCUGUUCGUGAACCACUGGGUCUGUGUCCCCAGCACAAGCUCCUUCCCUGCACCCUGCAGCUUGGGGGUUACAGGGCAUGCCGGGAAGCCAGCGGUUCUAGGAGCGCAGGCUGAAACACUGCUCCACCUUUCCUUGUCUAGCUCAGGGGUCACCGGUCUGUGGCAGGCGCCGUGAGUUGCCCCUGUGCCUGUUAUUAGUGGCACUCUCUAAGUUCCCACCACAGGCAGCUCGUCCUCCUCUCUUCCUACUUCACUUUUUUCUCUCGCUUGUGCUUUAGGCCUCAAACAGGUCUGGUAGUGCUCAGGGUGUGAGACUAGACUCCUGCCCUGGUGACUUUCCCCUCUUCAUGGUCUGCCAGGGGCUGCCCUGAGAGGUGGACCAAAGACCCAGGACUUCUCAGUAGCCAGUCCCACCCCCUAGCUGUCUUUUUACCAGUUCAAGGUGGGAGAGAGAAAACACCUCAGCAGUCUCCAGCAUUUGAGCUACUCAAGUGUUGGGAGUCAGAAGGGACAGUGUGUUUAAACAACCUUCAGAGCUCUGGCCUUAAACCCGUGGCUCCCCCAAGUCUAGAGACCUCACCUCUUUCUGGUGGUAAUGCGGCAGAGGGUUCCCUCAAUGGGAAAACACAUUUGGACAACUGCCCCCAAGUCUACCAGCCAUCUGCAGGGGGCAGUGACAUGGCCCUAGCCCUCCUUUGAGAUGUACCAUUUAUAAAGAGUGCCCCCAAGGAAACAAGGAGCUUCGGCUGUCCCUCAACAGGUUGUGCUGAGAUCCCAGGACAGAGGAUAGGGAGGAAACGUCUACAGGAGCCUCUUGUCCUUGCUCAGAGCCAUCCUGUAGGGAAGUAGGAGCCAACAACCUUCAGGGGGAGGCCCAGUGCUGCUCAGCACACCCCAGCGUCAGGUCAGACCACUGUAGUAAGAAAAGGUGAAUGAAGUUUAGAUUCAACUUUUGGAAAAGCAGAAUAAACUACCACCCCACCGUAUGUGUGUGACUUCUCGAUUUCCCAUUGCAAUUUCCAUUUUUUAAAUAGGAAUUUUCAAUCCCCUGUGCUUGUCUAAUGUCUGCUCUAAACAGUUUGAGACCCUGUUACUGUUUUAAAAUGCAUGCAUGUUAAGAUGAAUCUCCAACCUGAGGAAAAAAAUAAAACUCAAAAGGCUUUGUGUA